CUCUGAGGAAAGCUCCUUGUGGCAGGCAGGGAUCUGCAUUUGUGGGCAGCCAGAAGGAGCAGAAGUUGGAUGUGAAGGCAGGAAGCCAGCCGUGAUUCCAGAAAGAGAUAAACUCGGGCCACAGCAAGAACAGGCUCUCACUUCCUAGUUUAGGCCAGCCUUGAAAUCACGGCCAUCCUCCUGCCUCAGCCUCCUGAGCACUGGGAUGACAGCUAUGGAUUGUUUUAGAACUUCAGCGAGCAAUUCCUGGAUUUUUCCCACUGUGAUCCUCUGCUCAUUUGGAUUUUUCUCCAUGAUGAGACCAUCAGAACCAUUCCUUAUCCCAUAUUUAUCUGGACCAGAUAAAAACCUGACCAGCACAGAGAUCACAAAUGAGAUCCUUCCGGUGUGGACAUACUCCUACCUGGCGCUGCUGCUCCCAGUGUUUGUCCUCACUGACUACGUCUGCUACAAGCCAGUCAUCAUCCUACAAGGCAUCAGCUUCAUCGUGACCUGGCUGCUGCUCCUGUUUGGCCAAGGAGUAGGAGCCAUGCAGGCUGUCGAGUUCGUCUUUGGGAUGGUCUCAGCCACCGAGGUGGCCUACUACGCCUACAUAUACAGCGUGGUCAGCCCUGAGCACUACCAGAGGGUGAGCAGCUACUGUCGGAGCGUCACGCUGGUGGCCUACACUGUGGCUUCGGUGCUGGCCCAACUCCUGGUAUCCUUGGCAAACCUGUCAUACUUUUACCUGCACGUCAUGUCCUUGAUCUCUGUCUCUGUGGCUUUCACUCUCUCACUUUUUCUACCAAUGCCUAAAAAGAGCAUGUUCUUCCAUGCAAAACCCAGCAAAGAAGUUCUUCCAAAGCCACUGGGAAUGGAUGCUGCCCUUGGGGAGGCUCAGGAGGAUCAUGAAACAGUUCAGCAGAAAUCACACAGCAUUUCCGGGAAUCCUGAGCGCAGCCAGCUAGGGAGCCAGAAGACUGAAAAUGUGGUUUUGAAGAAUUUUGUGCAGUGGUUCCAAGAUCUGAAGGAGUGCUACUCCUCAAAGCGUCUUUUUUACUGGUCCCUGUGGUGGGCUUUUUCCACAGCAGGUUUUAAUCAAGUUUUGAAUUAUAUUCAAAUCCUAUGGGAUCACAAGGCACCAUCCCAAGAUUCUUCCAUCUAUAAUGGGGCAGUGGAAGCUAUCGCAACAUUUGGAGGGGCUCUGGCUGCUUUUGCAGUGGGCCACGUGAAAGUCGCCUGGGACCUUCUGGGAGAGCUGGCGCUGGCGAUCUUUUCCAUCAUCAGUGCUGGCUCCCUGUUUCUCAUGCAUUACACGCCCAGCAUCUGGGUGAGCUACACUGGCUAUCUGAUAUUCAAGUCCAGCUACAUGCUUCUUAUAACCGUAGCAGUAUUUCAGAUUGCAAUAAAUCUGAGUGUGGAACGCUAUGCCCUGGUCUUUGGAAUAAACACCUUUACUGCCUUGGUGAUUCAGACCAUCAUGACUAUGAUUGUAGUAGAUCCCAGGGGGCUCAACUUGGCAAUCAGCAUUCAGUUUUUAGUUUACGGGAGUUAUUUUGCUGUCAUUGCUGGAAUUUUCCUAAUGAGAAGCAUAUACAUUCUCUACUCGCUCAAAUGCCAAAAGAAAGUUCAGAGACUCCCUACAAUUCAGAGUCCAGCUAAAUCACACGCAGAGGAGCCCGUUAAUACCAUCCUGUCAACAAAGCUCUAACCUUAUUACAUCAACACAGUGGUUUCCAAAAUCUGUGACUAAGAGGACAGGACUUUGAAAUGGAAACAUUGAAGUGUUCUGCAAGCUGGAUUCCAGUGAACCUUCCUAAAAGCACAGCAGACCUUGGCCUUAGACCAGAUGUCUGUGUGCCUAGCUGAACUGCAGUUGGCAGGCCCAUCAGUUAAAGAACCUACAUUGGGAACCCACACCCAUAGAAAACUCUAGUUCUGAUCACUUCUAAGAACGUGCAAAUGGCACAGAAACAAACCAGGAGAAAACACCAGCCACCCUGGUGGACUGCUGCCCACUAAUGAAUGGAAAUCCUAACUGGUCUGACCCUCUGUUUGGCCUAGAUGCUUCUGUGAUUAAAGGAGGCAACACAAGGGACGUUUAUGCCAUUUUUCUUCCCUUCCAGCGAGUAUGUUUCUGUUUUAACUUACAGUUCUCUGAGAGAAUCACAAACUUUGAUUCCAUUUUUAAGGGCUCUUUCUCAACCUUGUAAACAUUGCAUUAUUCACCAGCUAUGGUUCGAUACUAUCAAUAUUUUUAUCUUUUUAUGAUUAUUUUUCAUUUCAUGCUCUUCUGAGCUUGGUCUUAAAACUACCUCAGGAAUAGCUGCAAGUGUACCAUGUGUCACAGAUAACAAUGACCUAGAAGAGGCAUUGUUAACCAGGUAGGUAUGUUAAUGCUCUGUCAUUGUGAUGUCUGAAGUAGAACACUACAAGUAAUUCCCAGAGGUUUCUAGCAGUAUUUAUAAAUGAGGAAACGCUUGGAGGAAUUAAAUACCUAAUUUUUGUUCAUUUAUUUUUUUACUUUUUUUUUUUGGUGCUAGAGAUUAAACACAAGGCCUUAUGCAUACUACCACUGAACUACACCCCUAGUUCCCUAAACCCUAAUUUUCCUUCCGGUGCUGAGGAUUAGGCCUAGGAUCUCACAUACAAUAGACAAGCACUCAACCACUGAGCUACAUCCUCUGCCCAACACUUGAUUUUUAAAUGACAGAGAUUGUGCUAAAUAAAAUGGAUCUAAAAAUUUUACUGAAGAGUAUAAUUUGUUAUGGGAUUCUGCUGAAAUUAUCUGAGCAUUAACUGUUAUAUGAAACUUCAGUAGAAGAUGCACUGAGUGGUUUGCCAGUGGGAAUAGAGAAUACUGAAUCAAGACUUGUAUUUACUUUACUUCAAAUCCCAAAAUUCAUUCACUGAACUGAAGAUGAAAUCCAGACCAAAAUCAAUGCACUUUUCCCCUUAUCGAUGGUGUUAUUUUCUGUAAUUUCAGUUACCUGUGGUUGACUGCUGUACAAAAAUAUUAAGUGGAAAAGUUCCAGAAAUAAACAAUCCAUAAGUGAAACUGCAUAAGUGAAAUUUCACCUCACUGUGCCAGGGUGCUAAUCAUUCCUUUGUCCAGUGUCCAUGCUGCUAACCGGUAGUCACUUACUAGCUGUCUCAGUUGUCAGAUCCACUGUGGCAGUAUCUCAGAGUCCAUGUUCAAGUAACUCUUACUUUUGUCAAUAAUGACUCCCAGGUGCAAGAGUCGUGAUGGUGGAAAUUUGGAUGUGCCAAGAGAAGCUUGUUAUAAUAGGUAUGUUUGUAUAGGAAAAAAAACAGUAUAUGCAGAAUUCAAUACUCGGCAUGGUUUCAGGUGUCCAUUGGAGAUCGUGGAAUGUGUCCCCUAUAAAGAGAAGACCAGUGCACACUCAAUGGAGAAAACUAGUAACAUUCCCUCUUAGAUCAAAAGCAAAAAAAGGAUAGCCACUAUUAUCUUUCUUAUUUAAUUCAUUGUACUGGAGGUGCUCACCAAUACAGUUAGACAAGCAACAACAACAACAACAAAAUUUAGAAGUCAAAAAUUGAAAAGCAGGAUCCAAAAUUAUUAUCCCAGAGGCUACAAGUAUAUACACAAGUUGCAACCAAAAACUGAGAUACUAUGAAAAGUAUGUAGAAGCCAACGGCUUUCAUAAUAUAGCAACUAUUUCUUAAUACAGCAAUAUUGUCAACUAUAUAGACAAUAAAAGAAUAUGCCAUUUAUAGUGGAACUGUUAUCGGAAUCUCCUGGCUACACCAAAAUGUUGUCAGUAGCUCCUUCUAAAAGUAACUGGACAAUUAAACGUUACCGGGCUCUGGGUUGCUCACCUCUCCCUCUAGAGUUAGAUUCCAGGUUCUUCUCAUCUCAAGCAAAGAAUUGAACAAAGCAAGCAAAAGGCAUUGGCCAAGUUUAUUUGAAAAAGGAAAAGUGAAGAGUGAGGGAGAAACUAGCUCUGCAGAGCGAUCCUGGGUCGAGGAAAACAGGAAAAAGCAAGAUAAAAGAACACCCCAGAGAAAGCAGGGUGGGGUAUCAUGAGGAAAGCCACACUGGCAAGCUCUUCUUGGAAUCUGUGUCCUUUUAUGCUGUUCAAAUCGCCAGGAAACCACAAGAACGUCUACAUUCUGGUCUUGAGAGGCAGAGCUGGGAUCCCACACCUCGGACUGAUCUCAGGUAUAGCCCAUCAUAUUGAAAACCUGCUGGAGUUCUCGCGAGAAGUCUACAGGCAGGGCUUUGGGAACUGUUCUGCGCAUGUGUUCUGGGAUCUUCUAAUUAACAGGUCACGUCUACUUCCCCAGCCAGAUUUGCCACGCCCUAAUUUCCUAUGUCAGAACAAAGUGAAAAAAUACCUAAGAUUAUACUUACUAUAAUAAUUUAUUAACUGUGUAAGACAAACAUGAAUAAGCCUGAAAAUUUGAAGAUUAUAAGUGGAUGCAUAAAUGUAUACAAAAAUUUAUCUUGUUCUUGGUUAGGAGAAAAAGACAUCAAGCUCCCCUAAAUAAAUAUAUUAAUUAAAUCCUA